AUGGAAGCUCGCCUGCCGCCAGACAAGUUGUGCCGCGCCACAUUGGACGCCGCAGCUGCCCUGAACGCAGCGAGUCUCUCCCUCAAGCAAACAGAGCGUCUCACAGGCUCAUUAGCCUUUUGUUCAAGAGUUGUCCGGCUUGGGAGGACAAGGCUACAGUCUCUAUACACCUUGCAAGCUGCCUUCCCACAUGGGAGGAGCUCGCGCCGCCGUAUCUCCUACGAGGUAAGUGAUGAUUUGGAAUGGUGGAGGGACUCCUUGUCUCUUUUCAACGGCGUACUCUUAAUUGACCCCUGCCGCCGCUCUAUCACGCACCUCUACACAGAUGCCUCCAACACAGGCCAGGGGCUGUUCUUCUUCUCAUCUAAGUAUAUAUCAGACUGCUGGCUGGCCCAUUGUCACCAGCUUCAUCCAAGCAAUGCUGCCUCACUGGCCCUUGCUCAAGACGCACACGCGCACCAAGUCGCACACGCGCACAUCAAUACCACCGAAGUAGACGCCAUUCUACAAGGCUUCCUACUCUUCAGCCACCGUUGGCUUCCUCAUACUCUCGUUAUCCACACGGAUAGCUCCACAGCCUACACUACACAGGACUGA